AGGCUCGUCCCGCGGCAGCCACAGGCAUUCACCGCAAUGAGCCGGCCUCCCCUGCAAAUCCAGACGUGUGGUCCCUGGGAGAUGAAGGAAAGGCUUGGGACAGGGGGAUUUGGAAAUGUCCUCAGAUGGCACAACAAGGAAACAGGGGAACAGAUUGCUAUUAAACAAUGUCGUCAGGAGCUAAGUCUCCGAAAUCGGGAGAGAUGGUGUCUGGAAAUACAGAUAAUGAAAAGACUGAAUCAUCCCAAUGUGGUGGCUGCCCGCGAAGUCCCUGAAGGGAUGCAGAACCUUGCACCCACUGACUUGCCUCUGUUGGCCAUGGAAUACUGCCAGGGUGGAGACCUUCGCAAGUACUUGAACCAGUUUGAGAACUGCUGUGGCUUACGGGAGGGAGCCAUUCUCAUCCUGCUCUCUGAUAUCGCCUCUGCUCUCAGGUACCUUCAUGAGAACAGGAUCAUCCACAGAGACCUGAAACCUGAGAACAUUGUCCUACAGCAAGGAGAACAAAGGUUAAUACACAAGAUCAUUGACCUGGGGUAUGCUAAGGAGCUGGAUCAGGGCAGUCUGUGCACUUCCUUCGUUGGGACGCUGCAAUACCUGGCUCCAGAGCUGCUGGAACAGCAGAAGUACACAGUGACGGUGGAUUACUGGAGCUUUGGCACACUGGCAUUUGAAUGCAUAACAGGUUUCAGACCAUUUUUGCCCAACUGGCAGCCUGUGCAAUGGCACACAAAAGUGCGACAGAAGAGCGAGUUGGAUAUUGUUGUCUAUGAAGACUUGUCUGGAGAAGUGAAAUUUUCUAGCAGUUUACCAUAUCCCAAUAAUCUAAACAGCAUUUUGGCUGGGCGGCUGGAGAAAUGGCUGCAGCUCAUGUUAAUGUGGCACCCGCGGCAGAGAGGGACAGACCCUGUUUAUGGACCCAAUGGCUGUUUCAAGGCAUUGGAUGAUAUACUGAACCUAAAGCUGGUUCGCAUCCUAAACAUGGUUACGGGCACUCUGCACAUGUACCCUGUGACAGAAGAGGAAACCUCGCAGACUGUGAAGGCCAGGAUUCAGUCAGAUACUGGUAUUCCAGAGCAGGAGCAGGAGCUCUUGCAGGAGGCGGGGCUUGCACUAUACCCUCAAAAAUUGGCUAUUCAGUGUAUGGCUGACAGCAAGGUGAAUGACGCCACGGACACAGACCUCCUUUUCCUUUUUGACAACCGUAAAGUUGCCUAUGAGAGGCAGAUCUUCCUGCGGCCUCAUCCAGAAAGUGUUGACUGCAUCCUUCAGGAUCCAAAGAAGAAUCUGUCCUUCUUCCAGCUACGGAAGGUGUGGGGUCAGGUCUGGCACACGAUUCGGACUCUGAAGGAGGAUUGUAACCUGCUUCAGCAGGGGCAGCGAGCAGCCAUGAUGAAUCUGCUGCGUUACAAUAGCAAUCUCUCCAAGAUGAAGAAUUCCAUGGCCUCCCUGUCCCAACAGCUGAAGGCAAAGCUGGAUUUCUUUAAAACCAGCAUCCAGAUUGACCUGGAGAAGUACAGUGAGCAGACAGAGUUUGGAAUCACCUCUGAGAAGCUGUUGUUUGCCUGGAGGGAUAUGGAGCAGGCUGUGGAGCUUUGUGGGCGGGAGGAAGAUGUGGAUCAGCUGGUGAAGAGGAUGAUGGCCCUGCAGGCAGACAUUGUGGACCUGCAGAGAAGCCCACUAGGGCGGAAGCAAGGGGGCACCCUGGAGGAUUUGGAAGAACAAGCCAGAGAACUUUACCGGCGACUAAGGGAGAAGCCAAGAGACCAGAGGACCAGUGGUGACAGUCAGGAAAUAGUGCGACUGCUCCUGCAGGCAAUCCAGACAUUUGAAAAGACAGUCCGUCUAAUUUAUGCUCAGCUCAGUAAGACAGUAAUUUGCAAGCAGAAUGCACUGGAAUUGUUCCCCAGAGUGGAGGAAGUGAUGAACCUGAUGAAUGAAGAUGAGAACACAGUUGUCAGGCUUCAGGAAAAACGACAGAAAGAAUUAUGGAACCUGCUGAAAAUUGCUUGUAGUAAGGUGCGUGGUCCUGUCAGUGGCAGCCCAGAGAGUAUGAAUGCAUCACGGCUUAGUAACCCAGGUCAGCUGCUGUCGCAGGUCCCAGCUGUAACUUACAAUUUACCAGAAUCUAUCAAGAAAAGUGAGGGACUACUGAUGGAAUCUCAGAAUCUCUGCAGCCAGUUAGAAAGUGUGAUGCAUGACACAAUGAAGGAGCAGGACCAGAGCUUUAUGUCUCUGGAUUGGAGCUGGUUGCAGCUUGAAGGGGAAGACAGAAAUAACCCAGAACAAACCCAGAUGUAAAAAUCACUUCGGGCACAGCUCAAGCCAGAUAAACUCCUCAUGUAAAAAAUGUUAAGCCUGACAGGUUACUGCACAUGAAAAUGAAAUCCCUUGCAUUCUAUUUAUACUGCCAUCUAGUGGUUACACUAACAUGUAUUCCUAUUUUUAAGGAAAGCUGGCAGCCUAAUUUUAAGACACAAAUUUUGAUCACUCAUUGCUGUUUCUCCCCCACAAACAUACAGCAUCUGGGUAAGAAAUUGAUGAGAAAUGUCUUACUCACCCUAUACAACAGCAACUGAAGAUACUUUGUCAUCUUCCACCACUCCCAUCCAGCUGCUGAAUAGUAGACAGUGUGUGUCUACAAGUAAUCUUGUCUGAAUGCCUUUUCCUGACAUUUAUGAAAAAGUACUGAAUUUACAGAUUUGGCUAACCAUACUAGGUUGCACUUUUUCUCAAGUGUAAUGUCUGUACUUACCUAAUACUUGUUUCUUGUAUGGGAACGAACUAUCUGAAAUAUGUAAACUUUUAGUUUGCUCUAUUUGAAUGUUAAAUAAAAUUUUAAGGAGAAA